UCAGAUCAAUAAUGAAAAAAGUUAACAUCAAAUACUGCAACAUUGAAAUCUAGUUAGUCUAAGUAUUUUGGUAUGUUCUUAGGUUGCAAGCUAAUCUACUCAGAAAAUCGAUUACUUUUAUCACUAGGAAUACAUCAAGGUCAUGAUUGACCAAUUGAGCAAAUCGCUUUGGGUAGAUUUAACUUUUACCAAAUUCCCAUCUAUUCUAAGUAACAAUAUAACAGAAAAAUUUGCUUCUUUCUGCUUAAUAAAAAACUUGAGGAUUUGAAAUAUAGACAAUGUAGUUUACCGUAAAGAUAAACACGCAGUUGCAGCAACGUCCAUUGAUGUUUUCAUUAAUUUAAAGUGAUAUUACCGAUAAAAUUUUUCGAAUUUAGAAUAUUCAUAAGAGCCUAAAGUCAUCAUUAAGCCUUAUGGAUAUGAGUACGUAUAUUAAAUGUUUCCAGGAUCAUUGGGAUCCACACCAUGUUGGCAGCGUAAUGGAAUCUGCAUCAGUCAUAAGCUUUGUGAAGGAUUCAGAUCACUGUCUGAAGUGCCAGGAUGUAAAGACAAAUUGAAGGUUUGCUGUUUUGUCUGGGCUAAAUACAACGUGAGAGAUCAUAGGGAGUUCGAUUUAGGAAACGCAGCUAUGCCAUGGUCUGCGACCAAAGAGUACGGCGGUAAAGGUGUGGUUGAAAAGAAUAUCACUGUCUCAAAGCAAAAUAAGAAAAAAAAGAAAGCAACGCGCAAUCGAGCCCUAGCAUUUAUAAUAAAAACCCAAUAAAUAUAUUCGUUUUGAGAUUUUUUCAUUUCAACUAUAAUUAUUUUUUCAAUAAAAAUAUCAGUUAAACUAGAUACACUUAAACUUUUAUGCUCAAUGUAUAUGUAUUAUUAUUAUAACACACGAAGUAUUCAUCUACAGAUAAGACAAGAUAAAAUUAGAUGCAUCAGAUUAUGUAUCGUAAACAAACUGAAGACUUAUCAGAAUUAUCUCCUUUCAUAAUCUAUCUGUUUAUUAAUUUUCUUAACAUUAUUAACUCCUCGGUGCCACCGAUAUUAUAGAACUGCAAAGUUACACUCUUAUUGCAUUGAUAACAGAAGUAAGAAAUAAU